GGAGAGUGCGUGAGGAGCAGAGGGAGCUGCGGGGCGGGACGGAGUGAGCCCUGGGACACCUACAGCUGGGUGGGCAGGGCGACCCUGAACUCGGGCUGCCGUUCCCCGCAGCGAGGGGCUCCGCUCCGGCUGCUCUCUCCCUCCCCGCGCCGCUGUCUCUUGGUAACCCCGAUGGCAACUCGACAAACAGCCUGGGACUUGCGAGCUCGGACACAGGCAUUUCUGCGCGUUUAAGGUGGAAGUUACUGGCGUGCGAGCACUCGGCUGUAGCAGUCGGUUCAUCCGUUAUUUUCUUUUCCCCCACCAGAAGACUAAUCUUGUUUCGAAGAUAUCCUUAAAUUGGGUCAGAACUUCAGGACUGUCGCUCGGUGGGGAGCAAAAGCCGAUUGAUUCUUGCAAGGCUCUGGGACAUUUGAAAGUGAUUUGGGAGAGCAAAGUCCGUGUCUGAUGGACACGGAACCAAAGCCAGCCUGUGUUGUGCAGCAGGCUCACUGCCCAGGAAUGAAGUGCCCUCCUUCAGAGGACUUUCCUCCUCAGAUAAGACUGUCUGAAAAAAUACCACCAGUGAAACCUUGCUUCAAGAAGAAGCAGCAGCAAGUGCAGAAGAGAUUGGACACAGAAACUCUCCGGGCUUUGCGGCCGAUCUUUACCAGUUUACUGGGAGCUGGGACCUUGGAUAGAGUCUUUGUGCCCCGAGGCCAGAGUGGUGGUCAUGGUGAUUUAUGUGAGCCUGCUGUGAAAAAGACUCUGGACCUCAGUAGUUCUUGUCCCCAACCAGAAAAUAAUGUAUCUGUGCUGAUGCCGACAGCUCCAGAUGUGCAGAGUCAGUUGCCAGUAGCUCAUCCUUCUGGGCAUCCUGUGCAGGAUGUCCAGUCAGGAGAGCAAGACCUCUCACCAGAAACGACUCCUGGAACUGCUGCUGAUAAUAAUAAUGAAUCAUUCCAGGACCAUCCUUUGCACCCAGCUGCUAGUGAUGGUGCACCUUGUCCUUUGUUCCCAGACAAGAUUCUGGAAAGCUGCUCAUCUGGCUUAUUCCAAGAGACUGACUGUCCAAUGCAAUACAAUUUGAGCCUAAGCAAUAAAUUCAGUGGUGGGAUAUUCCAGGACAAAAGUGAAGAAGCUUCUCUUGAUCUGGUAUUUGAGCUUUUGAACCAGCUGCAAUAUCACACCCAUCAGGAAGAUGGAAUAGAAAUUUGUGUGGAUUUUCUCCAGGGCACUUGUGUUUAUGGCAGUGAUUGUCCCAGACAUCACACAGUUUUGCCAUAUCACUGGCAGGUGAGGAGGACAGCAACCCAGAGUUGGCAAAGUGUUACCAAUGAUUCCCAGGAGCAUCUGGAAAGGCUCUACUGCAACCCUGACAAUGAUAGGAUCAAAGUGAAAUAUCGGGGACAUGAGUUUUGGGUGGAUUUGAAUAUUAUGAAAUUAUAUGAAACUGUUGAGUUUGAUCAAAUGCGGCGGUUGUCCACACCUUCCUGCCCCAGCUCCAGCUCCAGCUACUACACAGUCUGGAAAUACUUCUGCAGGGACCACUUUGGCUGGAGAGAAUACUCUGAGCCUGUUGUAAGAUUAAUAGAAGAAGCCAGCUGCCGUGGUCUGAAAGAGGUUCGGUUUGUUACUUGGCAUAAUCAGUAUAUCUUAAACAUCAAAGAUGGAUUCCAGCAAAAUGCAUGUUUCAGAAGAGAAAUAAAGAGGAGACCUCUUCUUCGCUCAUGCAUUGUACUGAUGCCAUUUUUACAGACCUUGGGUGGCAACUCUCCAGUACCCUCUCCAUCAGCUGAACCAGCUUUGUCACAUGUCUUGUCUCCAGCUGCUGUUACCUCUCCGAACCUCUAUCCUGAAACCUGGAUUAGUAUGGAUCCAUCUCAGGACUUCAUCCAAGUGCCUGUUCUGAAGGAAGAUAAAAGCUAUAGAACCAUUUAUAACCUGUUUCACAAGACUGUGCCAGAGACUAAAUACAAAAUUUUGAAAAUACUGAGAGUGCAGAAUCAGUUUCUUUGGGAAAAAUAUAAAAGGAAAAAGGAAUACAUGUCAAAAAAAAUGACUGGGCUUGACAGGAUAAUGAAUGAAAGGCAUUUGUUCCAUGGCACCUCCCAGGAUGUGGUUGAUGGAAUCUGCAAGCACAACUUCGACCCGCGUGUCUGUGGGAAGCAUGCCACCAUGUUUGGACAAGGCAGUUACUUUGCCAGAAAGGCAAGCUAUUCCCAUAACUUUUCCAAAAGGUCACCCAGGGGAGUUCAUUACAUGUUCUUGGCGAAAGUACUGACGGGAAGGUACACGGUGGGUAACCACACCAUGAGGAGACCUCCACCGGUGAACCCUGGCAGCAUUACCAGUGACCUCUAUGACUCUUGUGUGGACAAUUUCUUUGAGCCUCAGAUUUUUGUAAUUUUUAAUGAUGAUCAGAGCUACCCUUAUUUUAUUAUCCAAUAUGAAGAAGUUAGCAACACUGUCUCCAUUUGAAAACUUGCGCUGCUGGAGUAUUCGUUUUAAUAAACUCUUUUAUCUGGCAUUGGUAGCAGUUUUUGUGGGGAAAGAAAAUUUGGACAUUGCAGAACUGACUAAAUGACUUGCUUGGAAGGAUCUGAAUCUCAAAAUGCAGAAAAGGAAGUGACUAAUUGUGCACUUGCUGUUGGAUUAUGUAUGUGCAAAUUGUAAAUAUUUUCCCAUUGUUUAUAGUUGAAAAUUUGUGCCUUUUGUUAUAAAACACUGUUUAUUUAUGUUAGUAAAUAUUAAUGUUUAAAAAUGUG